UUGAUAACAUUUUUCCUAAGAAUCCCACCACUCUGGAAGGUGGGAAAGCAGUAUGGGAUGGAUCAGGCCGUCAGUGGAGGUCAUACGUCACCACAGCUUGCACUAUUUAAUUUGGGUUAGUUGGCUUCAUAAGCAAUUACUCUGAGCAGGUCAGAGGCCGUGGGGAACCGUUAAGGAGAGGAAACCUCGAAAUGGCGCCGUUUGAGAAACCGAAGCACCCCAAGCCUUUCAAACAGAGGAAAAGUUUUGCAUUGCGAAAACAAGAGGUGGCAGGAAUUCGAACGAAGUUUCCCACUAAAGUUCCGGUGAUUAUUGAACGAUACCAUCGGGAAAAAUACCUCCCACCCCUGGAUAAAACCAAGUUUCUUGUCCCACAAGAACUCACCAUGACGCAGUUCGUUACCAUCAUUAGAAACCGAAUGACCCUUAUGCCAAGCCAAGCUUUCUACUUGCUCAUCGACAACACGGGCAUCGCCAGCAUGUCGCUGACACUGGCGCAGGUGUACAGCGACCACAAAGACGAGGACGGAUUCCUCUACAUGACCUACGCCUCUCAGGAAAUGUUUGGACUUCGUGAAAACGCGACUGAAUUCUCACUGCGAUAAGAAAGCGAUCCGAAAUGUUUAGAAAAAAAGUUACGCAUGACGUGUUUUGAAGAGAACUUCCCUUCCUUUACCAGCCUAGAUUGUAGGCCUAUUUAAGACUGCUUGUACAUAGUAUUUGAUUUUUUUUUUUUUUAAGGAUUGUGCAUUUCGUGUCUGCACGAGUCGUUUUGUGCUGUAUGUUUUAAUGAAGUAAUAAAUUGUACUCGUCA